AUGGACAACGACAUGAAGAAAGACGCCGCGAGACUCGAGAGGACCGGCUCCCAGACGGGGGCCGCCAACGGCACCGGCAACGGCAACGGUAAUGGCGACGACGACUACCGGCUGGCCCAGCUCGGGCACGCGCAGGAGUUGAAGAGACAGUUCUCCCUGCCGGCCCUCGGGGCGCUCUGUCUCUGCCUCAUGGCAACCUGGGAGGCUCUGUCGACCGUCAUCGCACCGGCCCUGUUGAGCGGCGGCGCGCCUUGCCUGUUCUAUAAUCUCAUAGCCUCCACCAUAUGCACCGUCUGCAUCGCUUCCUCGCUCGGGGAGAUUGCUUCGAUAUAUCCGACUGCCGGAGGUCAAUACCACUGGGUCGCAGCCCUCUCCCCGCCGUCGACCCGGUCCGCCGCCGCCUUCACCACCGGCUGGGUCUCCGUCGGCGGCCAGGUCGUCCUGACCUCCUCCGCCGCCUUCGCCGCCGGCCUCCAGGCCCAGGCCCUCAUCGUCCUCAACAACGACGGCUCCUACGCCCCGGCCCGCUGGCAGGGCAUGCUCUUCUACUGGGCCGUCCUCGCCUACGGCAUGGCCAUGAACAUCUGGGGCCACAGGCUGCUGCCCUCCGCUAACCUGAUCGCCGGUACGACGACGCAACCGUGUCCCGUCUUUCCUUUACCCCUUUUGAGGGUGUUGGUGUUGUCCUUGCUCGGGAACACUGCCUUUAUAGUCUUUACACACUCGGCCACACUCACUAACUGA